UUGUGGGCAUUUGGGGCUAAACUCCAAAUCAUUGCUCUUCCUUACUUUUGUCUCACAAAAAAAGAAAAAAAAACAAAAAAGCUUUAAAGAGAAGAAGAAGAGAGCCCUUAAAGGCGCCCUCUCUCUCUCUCUACUCUUUCUCUCUCUAGUUUCAAUUACGUCUAAAAUGUGCAUUUGCCUUUCCACAUUCCAUCAAACCUGACAUAAUUAGGGUUUCGGCGAGCUCUGCAAGUUGCCGAUCGGCGGCGAUGGUGUUUGGAGUCUUGGAGAGGGAGAAAACGAAUUUCUGAAGCAAAGAAUGCGGUGGUGGAGUGCGCGAACGCGAUCGCGAGGGGGAAUGAGUCAAUGAGGAGGCUAUUUCCGUUUGGCUGGCGAGAAAAUGGGGUGCGUAUUCGGGAAAGCCGGGAAACCGGUAGGGAGGAGGGAGGAUGGAGAGGUUGUUGCCGAGGUCGCGAAGGAGAAGGCCGAGGGGAGUCAGGUGGCGGCGGUGACUCAGAACGGCGGCGAGAAUCGGAAGGAGAAUGAGGAAGAGACGGCGGCGGCGAGAGCGAAGCCGCCCAAGGGCGAGAGGAAACGCUCGUCGAGGCCGAAUCCGAGGCUGAGCAAUCCGCCGAAGCACAUCCACGGCGAGCAGGUCGCUGCCGGUUGGCCGUCGUGGCUGUCCGCCGUCGCCGGAGAGGCCAUCAAUGGCUGGACCCCACGCCGGGCCGACACUUUCGAGAAGCUCGAUAAGAUUGGGCAAGGUACUUACAGCAACGUGUACAAAGCUAGGGAUACGUUAACAGGAAAAAUUGUUGCGCUUAAGAAAGUUCGGUUUGAUAAUUUAGAGCCCGAAAGUGUAAAAUUCAUGGCGAGAGAGAUUCUCAUUUUGCGCCGAUUGGAUCACCCCAAUGUUGUAAAAUUGGAAGGUUUAGUGACCUCAAGGAUGUCAUGUAGUCUGUAUCUUGUGUUCCAGUAUAUGGAGCAUGAUUUGGCUGGACUUGCUGCGAGUCCAGGAAUCAAGUUCACGGAAUCUCAGGUCAAAUGCUAUAUGCACCAGCUAUUAUCAGGGCUUGAGCACUGUCACAACCGUCAUGUGUUGCAUCGUGAUAUUAAAGGGUCGAAUCUUCUUAUUGACAAUGGCGGAGUCCUAAAGAUUGCUGAUUUUGGUUUGGCUUCCCUUUUUGAUCCUAACAAUAGGCAGCCCAUGACAAGUAGGGUUGUUACUUUGUGGUAUAGACCCCCAGAGCUUCUUCUUGGUGCCACUGAUUAUGGUGUUGGUGUGGAUUUAUGGAGUGCUGGCUGUAUUUUAGCCGAGUUGUUGGCAGGAAAGCCUAUCAUGCCCGGUCGAACAGAAGUGGAGCAGCUGCACAAGAUAUUUAAGUUAUGUGGUUCUCCUUCUGAGGAAUAUUGGAAAAAAUCAAAGUUGCCACACGCAACUAUAUUUAAGCCCCAACAGGCAUACAAACGUUGUAUUGUAGAGACAUUCAAAGAUUUUCCACCAUCAUCAUUGCCUCUCAUUGAGACCCUUCUUGCAAUUGAUCCAGCAGAACGGCAGACUGCCACUGCUGCAUUGGGGAGCGAAUUUUUUACAACAAAACCUUAUGCUUGUGAGCCUUCUAGCCUUCCGAAAUAUCCUCCCAGCAAGGAGAUGGAUGCUAAGCUACGAGAUGAAGAAGCGAGAAGAUUGAGAGCUGCUGGCAAAGCUAAUGCAGAUGGUGUGAAGAAAUCUCGUGCGCGUGACCGAGCUGUUAGGGCAAUGCCUGCUCCAGAAGCCAACGCUGAGCUUCAAGCUAAUCUGGAUAGGCGGCGCCUAAUAACGCACGCAAAUGCAAAGAGCAAAAGCGAGAAGUUUCCUCCGCCGCACCAAGAUGGAACACUUGGCUAUCCCUUGGGUUCUUCACACCACAUUGAUCCUGUUUUUGAUCCCCCAGAUGUUCCAUUCAGCUCCACCAACUUCUCAUAUUCGAAAGCACCCAUCCAAACUUGGUCUGGCCCAUUGGUGGACCCUGCUGCGGUUGGGGCUCCGAGGAGAAAGAAACACACAGCGGGCGAUAGUCAUUCACAGUCAAAAUCAUCAAAAAAAGACUCAAAAAGAUAAGGAUUUUGCAUAUGGAUCAAAGGAGAAAGAUGGGGGUAAAUAAAUUCUGUGAUUUUUGUGAGACUAUUCAUGAGGCUGCAAAUGCUGCUUAUUACUGUCUUAAAACCGAGCCGGGAAAUCCAGUUAAAUUGCAUGGAGAGGUAAUAUAAAUUGUAAUUCAGUUUCUCAUUUCUUCUAUUAUUAUUUUUGUACCGCGAGAAGUUUUUUUUACAUAUGUAUAUUUUUUAUUAGUUCUCCUUGUGUUAAAAGGACUCUAUUAUGUCUAGGUUAGUUGAAUUUUUAAUAAAUUUGUUUCGGGAA